AUGUGUUUAAAUGUCACUAGCACUGCACCCAAUUCUGAGCUACAAAUCAUUGAGGUUCAACAAGAAACUCAUUCUGAACCUUUGAAAAUUCGUUGGAAACCACAACAGCAGCCCAGCAAAGAACCACCGACACAACAAACUGAACAACAAAAGCAAGCUGCUGAGGAAUCUUUGAUGAGGAUAGAACCUUCAAUUAAUGUCAGCCCUCCCAAACAACAACAACAACAAGAAGCACAUCCUGAAUUCAGCCCUCUGGAACCACAACAACAGCCCAACAAAGAAGCAACAGCGCAGCAAUCGAAAGAAGAACUCCCUCUGAAACCCGAAAAGCAGGCUGCCGAGAUAUCUUCACUGAGAAAAACGGAGCUAGAACCUACGUUGUCUGUUACAAGUUCUGUUAUUGAAGAGUUAAUCAAUGAUGACGAUAUCUAUGAAGUUUUUGAUAAUGACAGCCGUGCCGAAAAACAACGGUAA